AUGCCGAGGAAUCUAACUGAGAGAUUCCGAAGUAUGUAUCUGCUUAAACUGCUUCUAGUGUCUCUAACGAUUGCCCUUACAUACGGAGACCCUCGAAUGAUGACACCUGUCUUCCAAGCCGUUAACUUUGCCAGAGAAAUAAGAGGUCGACGCCUUAAUGGAAGUGUUAUUACAGAAAUACAGGUGGAUUCAGAGAGUUCUUGUCGACUACAUUGCGUGAAAGAAAGCUCGUGUGUGUCAUACAACUUUGGAUCCACAAUAAACAACAAGAAGUUUAAAUGUCAACUAAGCGACUCCGAUCGCUUUGCUAGCUUUAAGAAUUUCACCGAAGACAACAAAUUUCUCUACCGAGGAGUGAAGGUAAGAAACUUUAGAUCUAGUUUUUCUAGAAGGAAAUAGGUAAGCAUUAUAUACCCUGUAGAAUAAACUUUUUUAAAAAGUAUGCUGACGUGAUGUGUAAACUUUUGAGUGUUUCAAGGUUCUGAACAACUUCGGAUUAUAGGAAAAAACUCAAAUUUCCUCACUUUUAAUGAAACAAAGACAGCGUAACCAACUGUGUUAUUAAAACCACAUAUCCUUGAUGUUCUUGUCUCAAAUUGAAAGAUUAGAGUUCCUUCGAAUAUUCUGAAAAGAAUUGGAAAGAGAAUGGAAAAAAAUAGGACGAAAAAUCUUACAAAGUUCUUAACAUUUUGUCGAUCUCGUAAGAUCAAGCUCGAUUUAUCCUUUUCAUUUUUGAUAGGAAGUUUCGACUUGAUUCUAUUAAUGUGAGAGAUAAACAUCUGCAGCAUACAAAGAAUGUUUUCAAUGAUUUGAAUUUAUGUAAAAUAUAUUCAUUUCAUGGGAAACAGUCCAUGCGCAUGCUUUAUGAACAAGCUUAUUGUGAUUAAAAAAUAUUUCAUCGGUGAGGCCAUCAAAAUUUAAAUUUCAUUGUAUAAUCCGUUUGGUAUCGUGACUAUCGUGACUAAUUUUGCUCAAGAAAGAGGUAUCUUUAACAAUCCUGAUGUGACAAAUGGACAUGAUUUUUUUGAACGAAACGUUUUAACUGAAAUGUUCCUUGAAUUCUCUUUCUUCCUUCACUACCCCACCUCUUUCUAACAAAAAAAUACUUAUGGGGGAUCUUUCAAACAUAAAAAAUCGUAAUUAAUUUAAGAGAUCCUCGCAGCUAAGAACACUACUGAACUUGUGGUUGAAAGUAGGACCCGAAAAAAUUCAGGUCCGUACGGGAUUUGAACCCAUGAUCUGUGCGAUACCGGUCCAAAUAAACCAUUCAAGUGAUGAAUAAUGAUUUUACAUGUAUGAAAUUUAUAUAUUUACACUGCGGUGAAGAAACGAGUUUAAGAGAUCCUCGCAGCUAAGAACACCACUGAACUAGUAGUUGAAAAUAGGACCUGAAAAGCUAGCUCAGUUGGUAGAGCGCUGCACCGGUAUCGCUGAGGUCAUGGGUUCAAAUCCCGUACGGACCUGAAUCGGAAUUCGGAGAGCCCAACCGUGUCCUACGUAGCCCAACGUGAUUCGCUAUUUAAGUGUAAAAGUAUGACGAAGGUUAGAGAUUGACAGCUCUGUAAGUGUCACCUUUAUAAGCGGUGACUCACACUUUCCUUGAGAGAUCGGAGCUAGUCCCUGUUGUAAUAACUUGAGUAGUAAGAGUGAAUAAAGAAAGGGACAACAAAAUAACGAGUGUUAGGAACUAUUUUCUAAUAAUUUAUAGAAAGUUGGGACGGUGACCCUCACUUUCCUCGAGAGAUCAGAGCUAGUCCCGGUUGUGACAACUAAUGUAAAAGGAAAGAAUAAAGAAAAAGUCAACAGAACGAGUGUUAUAGUAAAUUUUACACUUAACAAAAGACCCCCUCCCGCUUAACAAGGACUAAAGGGAUAAAAUUGAAGUAAUAAAGGGUUGGAGGAGUCAAUGUGUCACAAAUACUUUCGCCGAUUGUAGGUUUUUAGUACUGUUAAAGGUUGUAAGACUUGAAAUCGACGUGUAAGUUGGCAAGGAUUUGUUCUGUCUGUGCACUAUUCGCCAUUACUUCGAACUUGUUAAAAUUGCAGUGCAGAUUCCAUUUUUUAGUCCAUGCUGCUAGCUCAUCGAUAUCGAAUUGUGGCUUCUGUUUUUCUUUUUCUACGUUUUCCAGUUCCUUUCAUAUCUUAGUGUCAUCAGCGGACACUAAUUUAAUAAUGCUGGAGAUGUUUGAUGAUAUUUCGUUGACGCAUAUUAAGAAGAGAAUAGGAACAAGGAUCGUGCCACGGAGACACCAAUUAACACAUGGGUCCAGGAAGAGUUAGUGCCACGUACCAGGACACGUUUUGGGCAGCCAAAGAGAUUUCUACACGAAGAUAGAAGACUGAGGUCUAUCUAUUCCAUGCCAUUUUAGCUAAGGCAGCAAUCGUUCAUGGGGUACGAAAACGAAUGCUUUCGGAAGGUCUAAAAAUGACAUCCGUUGGUCUUGAUUUGUGUCUGGGUGCCGGUGAGUCGUUAAAACAAGAAAUAUAUUUAGUUAUCUUAUUCAACACAUUGUCUGCUGUAAGUGCACUGCGGGUGCAUUCUAUAGCAAGCCAGAAAGUACGCAGCGAAAACAUUAAGUUUGCCUGGUUGAUUUAACUUUCCUUCAGAAAAAAUGAUGUGGAUAUGUAGGUGCUUUUAAACAAUUUGAGCCUCGCAGUCUGAAGCUGUUCUUAUGAUAUUUUCCCCUCUCUUGCGACAGAGAAGUGAUCCCCAGUUUCUUUUAAGCCCACCGGUGGGCAGAUUUCAGAACAAUUCAAUGAUACUCGAUCGUCCUUAACUGAGAAGACUAGAACGUCUCACUGUUUGGAGAUAUCAGAUCAAAGGUAACGCAUUGCCCUCAGUUACUUUAAAACCCUGAGAGUUAGUCUGGUCAGGGAACUUAAUGUUGGCCUCUCUGGAAGCUUAUGAUCUGAUUCAAUCUGAGAAUAUGAAACACAUGCAAUUUUAAAAGUCUAUCAGUCAAUCAAUUCAUAGGGUACCUUUAUUUUAAUAUAAGUAAUCAGGUGCUUUUGUUUUAACAGAGUGAUUGUGAGGUCAGCUCUUCCCUUUGUGCAGAAAACGAAAUUUGUUUUCCCAACUAUAAAGACAACACUGCAGAAUGCAAAUGUCGUUAUGCUUCUGGAUAUACGGGAAAACCAUGCGGUGAGUAUCAUGUCUAACGCUUUCACUAGUUUGCCACUUUAUAUUGACUGAAAGCAUGCGUGAAGUCUUAAAUAUCCCAAUUUGGAUCAAGUAAAAUGACUCAGUACAGCUCAUCCACCCUGGUCAAUCAAUUAAUUUGAGCUCUAUUAAUUAUUUCUUUUUCUUCUAAAAACAGAAGCAAAAUGCUGCGCUCAACUACUUAAAGAUGGUUUCACUUCCAAUGGCGUGUACACCAUCAAUCCAGAUGGUGGUAAGCCAAUACCAGUGUUGUGUGACAUGACCACAGACGGUGGAGGUUGGACCGUUUUCCAGAGACGUUUGGACGGCUCCGUUGACUUCUAUCGUGACUGGAAAGCUUACAAAGAAGGGUUCGGAAGUUUGAGCGGCGAGUUCUGGCUCGGAAACGACAAUCUUCACCGUUUGACGAAUGCUAAUGACGUCAUGUUGAGAGUUGACUUGGAGGACUUUGAGGGGAACAUCACAUACGCCGAGUACAAGACAUUUAAGGUGGCAGACGAGGCUGAUAAGUACAAACUCACUCUCGGAGAAUACAAUGGCACAGCGGGAGAUUCCUUCAUGUAUCAUAGGUAACAUAAAUAGUUAAGAAAUGCAUUGGUGUUGAAUGUGUUAGGUUCUCUCUCUUUGUUUUGGGCCGAAGUAAUGAUCAACCAAAAAGGUUUCAAGAAAAGUCUCAUGCACGCUUAACUCUUAUAUUCUCUCUUGACAUUCUUUAAGUGUGAAGUUCCCUCUGAAAAUGAAAGGUGUAGGAAUUGUAGAGUUCAUUGGGCAGAAUGCCUAUUGUUCUCGCAGUGGCGAAAAUAUUAUAGAUCUCUGAUAUUAGCGGCGAAGCGUAAACAGGAAGACUCUCAUUGGUCGAAGAUCACGCGCGCUUUCCUUCGUGACGAGAAAACAAAAAUAAGUCAGUUGAAUGAAAAGCGCUCGUCGAUACCCUGGAGAUUAAGAAUGCCGAUUUGAAAGAUAAUUUUUUGUUCUACAGUAUUGCGGCUUUCCGAACUGCCUACAUGUAGGGAAAGGCCGCAAACUGCCAUAUGCUGCUUAGAAUGAUUAGGGAGAUUAAACUGACUAGCGACUGGUUUGCAUGCGUCCUGGUCAUUUCUUUCUACGUCGCGAAGGUGUUCUCGGAAUUGGUCACCUAAUCGUCUUCCUGUUUCACCAAUGUAUAACUUUUUGCAAUAAGUGCAAGUUAUGCAGUUAAUGACUUGCCGGAGGUGCACGUUAAGUAAUCAGUGAUCCUAAUGGCUCUCUUGGGUCCCGUCAUUUUCUCUACGUUAUGAAUGAAAGGACAGUUUUUGCAUCGUGAGCGAGCACAUUUGAAAGUUUCAGGCUGGUCUUUGGUUUCAAAUGAACUUUUGACCAAAAAAAGUUGCCCGUUUUUUUGUAACGUUUGAAUGAAAUUAGUGGAGGUUGCGAAAAGACAGUACCAGUCUCUGAAUGAAUUGAAACUUUUUUAAUACUAAUUGAAACCUUUUUUAAUAAUGAUAGAUUUAACUGCGGGGUUGUGAGGGUGAAAUGUGUGAGUGAAUGGAAUGCAAUCAGUGUUUUCCUUAUCAGCCGUUUUUAAUGCUGACUGUCGAUCAAUUUGUUGGGCACGGUAUGAAAUUCUCAGGUCGGCCUUCUUAAUGACGACCACUCUUUUGAAGAAAGGCUGGAAAUUUGGUGUUAUGAUUAUUUGAGUCUUUUAAUAUCGUGGCGAUAUUUUGUGAUGAAAAAAUCUAAAGAUGCGAACUGGCCCUCUGUGGGAGUCCAUUUAGACUUUCGAAUCUGAAGUGUUUCGAAAGUAUCUUUGUUCGAGGAAUCAUCCUCUUUGUCGUGAAAAAAUAGCUUUCAAUUAAAAGCGGCGAAGGAAUUUUUUUAAGGUCUUGCUUGACUGAAAAUUCGUCGAUUUUUUUAAAAAUGGGAACAAAAUUUAAGCCCUAACUGAGAACUGAUUUUUCUGAAUCCAAAAGUGGUAAUUUUUCUGGAAUGCUAAUUGCAGUUUUGAGGCUUUCAGGCUAUGAGUCGCUAGUAUUUUGAGGACCGAUAAGUUGGUCGAGUUUUUGGGCCUUAAUUUGGUGCAAAUGGUUAAAAAGGUUUAGAAUUGGCAUCCUGAAUUUUGGCACAAAUAGAUUGUACUAAAACAGCUGGACACAUUUUGGAAAGUUCAAAGUGGCAAUGUAGAAUUUUUUUCGUUGAGUUCGUUACGUUUUUGGCACAUAGCUCGGAUUGUGAUUCUCAUAAUAUCGCCUAGCGUGAAAAAGCAUUGUGGGUGCCCUGAAUUUGGUGACGACAUUGAUUAGAAUGAGAAGAAGAUGCGUGAAAAUUGGAGCGAAAACCCUUAGGAGCAACUUUAGAAUGAAGGUAACGGCUAAUGAAAUGGAUGUGGCUACAAUAAGAAUGGCUAAACGGAAUGCUAGAUCUUUACUAAUAGAAGGAAAAGGAACAAGGUAACUUACGAUUUCCUGGCGUAGCUCCUUGAUAAGUUUCUAUAGGUAGUUGUCCCACCCAACUUAUUUUCAGCUAUUUAGACGAAAUUAUAAUACCUAUGGUCAAAACUUUAUCAUCUUACAUUAAGGACAGCCAACGCGCACUUGAAACUUUUUGUGACUUUAAUUUCCUUGGCCAAAACAAACUUAUUUUCACUAAGGAUAUCAUUAUAUUCUAUCCUAUUGUGCCCUAUCCUAAACUACUGUAUUCUAUUCUAUCCUAUUUUAUUCUACUCUCUGACUGUAUUAUAAAUCUACCUCUUUAUCUCUGUCUCUCUCGCGUUUCUUUAUUCUUUCAUUAAAGCAACUUGUCAAAGUAGUUCCCUUAAGCAGAAUUGGUUUUGUAAGUUUUAAGAGAAAAUCUCUUUCCUCGAUGGCUAAACAGAAAUGAAACAAGGCAACAUAAGUUCUAUUCUUAUUCCAGCAAUAUGCAGUUUUCCACGAAAGAUCAAGAUAGUGAUCUAAAUAAUGCAAGCCGUGCCCAGCUCCAUAAAGGGGCCUGGUGGUACAACAAAUGCCAUGCGUCCAAUCUAAACGGAUUGUAA